AUGGAAUCUGUGCUAGGAAAAUUAAUCUCUCCAUUUCAAGCUGUAUAUGUCCGUAACAGACAUAUACAUGAUAAUGUAGUGAUUGCCCAUGAGCUGGUUCAUUCUAAGAAAAGAAUGAAAGAUAGGUGUGGAGCUAUGGGUCUGAAACACGACAUGUCAAAGACUUUUGAUAGAGUUGAGUGCCCCUCUAGAGAUCCCAGGCAAGGAGAUCCUCUAUCUCCUUGUUUAUUCUCUGUAUGGAGUCUUUCUCCAGGUAAAUUCUUCAUGCAGAAGCCUCUCACCUUAUUCGCGGCAUCAAGUUCUGCAAAGAGUCCCAAGCGUUGGUCAAGCAAUGAUUCUUUCAAUCAUCUUCUGAAUCAUUUUUAUAAGAAAGUGGCAAAUUGGAAAGGGAAACAGCUCAUCCAAGCUGGUAGUCCCAGAGGGACUUUUGGUGGGGAAAAAAAGUCUCCUGGUGGCAUUUACAUGAACCACUGGAAUAAGAUUUGCACUAGCAAACCUUCUGGUGGCUCAGGGUUCAGAAAUCUUAAGCAAUUCAAUGUUGCUUUAUUAUCUAAAGCUGCUUGGAGGCUUACUGAUUCUCCAAAUGAGCUUUGGGUUAGAAUUCUUAAAUUUAGAAAUGGCAAAGAUAUUCAUGCAUUUACUGACAAAUGGAUUGAGAAUGCCUCUGCUCCUUUAUGCAAGCAUCAUCCCAACCCCAAUCUUGUCGUUGCUAAGAGGUUGAAAAUGGAUGGUUCCAUCAAUGAUAAAUGCUAA